AGACUUUGUGUCCAAUGACGUCAAUGGCCAGUUUGUUCUCCUUUACUAGCCCAGCUGUAAAGCGUCUGUUGGGCUGGAAACAAGGAGAUGAAGAGGAAAAAUGGGCAGAAAAAGCUGUUGAUGCUUUGGUUAAAAAGCUGAAAAAGAAAAAGGGUGCUAUGGAAGAGCUGGAGAAAGCCCUGAGCAGCCCAGGCCAGCCCAGCAAGUGCGUGACCAUCCCGCGCUCCCUGGACGGGCGGCUCCAGGUGUCCCACAGGAAGGGCCUUCCCCACGUCAUUUACUGCCGAGUCUGGCGCUGGCCCGACCUCCAGAGCCACCACGAGCUGAAGCCCUUGGAUAUUUGUGAGUUUCCUUUUGGAUCUAAACAGAAGGAAGUCUGCAUCAAUCCAUACCACUACAAGAGGGUGGAGAGCCCAGUUCUACCUCCAGUGUUAGUGCCUCGCCACAGUGAAUUCAACCCCCAGCACAGCCUCCUCGUUCAGUUCAGGAACCUCAGCCACAACGAGCCCCACAUGCCCCACAACGCCACGUUCCCUGACUCCUUCCAGCAGCCCAACAACACUCCAUUCUCCAUCUCCCCAAACAGCCCCUACCCCCCUUCCCCAGCCAGCAGCACUUACCCCAGCUCCCCAGCCAGCUCGGGACCAUCCAGUCCCUUUCAGCUCCCAGCUGAUACUCCACCUCCUGCCUAUAUGCCCCCUGAUGAUCAAAUGGGGCAGGAUAAUUCCCAGUCUAUGGACACAAGCAAUACAAUGAUCCCUCAAAUCAUGCCAAAUAUAUCUACCAGAGAUGUCCAGCCCGUUGCCUACGAAGAACCCAAACACUGGUGUUCCAUCGUGUAUUAUGAGUUAAAUAAUCGUGUUGGGGAGGCCUUUCAUGCAUCUUCCACAAGUGUCUUGGUAGAUGGGUUUACAGAUCCCUCCAACAACAAAAACAGGUUCUGCUUAGGUCUGCUCUCCAACGUAAACCGCAACUCGACCAUCGAGAACACUCGGCGGCACAUCGGGAAAGGAGUUCACCUCUACUAUGUUGGUGGAGAAGUCUAUGCUGAGUGUUUGAGUGACAGCAGCAUAUUUGUACAGAGCAGGAACUGCAACUACCACCAUGGCUUUCAUCCAACAACCGUGUGCAAGAUUCCCAGUGGGUGCAGUCUGAAAAUAUUUAACAAUCAGGAGUUUGCUCAGCUUUUAGCCCAGUCUGUCAACCAUGGAUUUGAAGCAGUAUAUGAGCUCACCAAAAUGUGCACCAUUCGAAUGAGUUUUGUAAAGGGCUGGGGAGCCGAGUACCACCGGCAGGACGUCACGAGCACCCCAUGCUGGAUAGAAAUUCACCUUCACGGGCCCCUCCAGUGGCUGGAUAAAGUACUUACACAAAUGGGCUCUCCUCUUAAUCCCAUCUCAUCUGUCUCAUAGUGCUGACAUUCUAUCUCCAGCCUUAUUUUUAGCGAACUUAUUCUAAUUCUAGAGCGACUUCCAGUGGAUACUGUGAGCUAUAUGGAGAAUGGAUCUUA